GGAGCUCUUUACUGUUGCUGCAUGAGCUCACCAGCUGUGGCGACUCUGGACUUUCCCCAACAGCUUGCACUAUCCCUCUCUCUCACCCUCCCUAUCACUCACCCUCACCCUCUCUCACCCUCACUCUCUCUCACCCUCACUCUUCCCCUCUCUCGCUCUCUUUCUCUCACUCACUCACACUCCCAAAUGCACAGGGAUUGCAGCAGCGCGAGAUGGAGAUCUCCACUGCGUGUGUGAGUGCCUAUUGCCGGUGAGUGCAGGAACGGCAGCGGACGAGUGUCAGUGGUGCUUGAGUGAGGGGAAAGAGAGAGAGAGAGGCAGAGAGAGAGGGAGAGAAGGGGGGAUAUCAUUGUGGAUCUUACGGGUUUAGAGGCUUUUUUCUUUCUUUCUCACUGCUAUCCUGAACCUUGGCUGAUGUGCCACAACUAUUGCAGCUGUCACUGCAGCGGUCCCCUCUCCUCUCUCUGGACAGAGCUCUCUAUGCCACUCAAUGAAUGGAUAUGCACCGGCUCAGUGGGAGAUCUCUGCUUCGUUGUCCUUUGAAUCACUGAUUUGUUUCUCAAGAAACCAUGGUGAGCAAGGAAAACAGCAAGGUCGUGCUAUCCAACUCAGAGUCCGAUUCAGAGGCAGGCCCGUCACAAAGCCUGGAGGUGCAGUACGGUCCUGACGGCAAACAGCAGGUGAAGAAGAGGAACAAAGCCUUACAAGUCCGCUUCAAGGACAUAUGUGACGCCCAGAAGGAGCAGCGGGCAGAGGGGCGAGGAGCCAGGUCCAUUUCCUGUAAAGUGGCUUACAGGAAGUACAUGACGAUGCCUGCGCGGCGCUCCAUCCCCAAUGUGACUAAGAGCACAGGUGUCCAGACGUCACCGGACCUUACGAAACACUACCAGACUUUCCCCUUCGAGCGAAAGAAAGGACACACGAUCAAACACACAGCCUUGGUGGAGGACUACAAGGGUCAAAACAACGGGUUUUUGAGUGACUUGAAAGGGCAGGAGGAGGCGCUGAGUUUAGAGGAGUGCUCGUCUUCUCAGGGUGCAGGGAAGCAUGUGCGGCAGACGCAGGCACUGCUCCACCACACGGACGACAGCAGUGGCACAGAGGAUCUGUUAUCCAUUGCCAACUGUGUAGAUGGGCGUGCGUGCCCGGACUCCUCUCGCAUCACAAAGGACACAGAAUGCUUUGCAAACGACCCAACUCCCAGGGGAGAGCCAGAGAACCCUGCCUGUGGCGCGAGGACCAAACACAAAGGAUUAUCCAAAGCGGACACAAUGGGUGCCAACCCUUCUGCCAAGCGCCAGCUGGCCAACUGUGAGGAACCCUUACAGGACACAAGGUCAAAGGUCACAAGUCCAGUUGCCUGGAACUCCCUGACGCAAGUGGAAGGUCUAGGCCUAGGGAGUCCAUCGGUGCGCUGCAAACGCAAAAAGGCCAUGCAGCCCAAUGGACAACAGUCCCAGACACUGCCCCACCCCCACAGUGCUGGCUGCUCUGUAGCUAGGGUAAAGGCACAACAGUGCCGAUCAGGGACUUUACCAACCCCAAUGAAACCCCAACCGGGCCUGGAGAGCCAGGCUUGCCCCCCAGGACGGCAGGGUGCCUGCAAGGAGAUAGUUCCCUUAGCUGGGAACGGGGAUAUUAAAGAAAAGCUCCAGGCCAUGGAAAACCUCAUCAGCUCCAGUCAGGAGACCAUCAAAGUCUUACUGGGGGUCAUCCAAGAGCUGGAGAAGGGCGAGGCUCAGAGAGAAGGGCUUUCCUACCGAACAGGACAGGACACAGCCAACUGCGACACGUGUCGAAACAGUGCCUGCAUCAUUUAUAGUGUGGAGCUGGACUUCAAGCAGCAGGAGGACAAAUUACAGCCCCUGAUUAAGAGACUGUGCCCCUUGGACGACCCUCAAUACCCUGCUCUGCCUUACCCCCACGAGGUGUUCACCUCAACCCCCAAACGCAAGUCCAAGACUGAGUCCAAAAAGCAUGGUCGCUGGAAACUCUGGUUCCUUUAACUUAGGGAACACUUUGGAUUUUGGAAUGGCCUUUUGGAUCAGUUUUUACCCAUUUACUAUCUUCCCUCAAAGGGAUUUAUCAGAACAGAUUUUUUGCUCCAGAGGACAGAUAACCAGAUACCAGUAAACCAUCUACAGUAUAUCAGGAUUCUGAGUUGGAACUGCACUAGAAAUCAAUGGGGGGGUAAAAAAAUAUAUAUAUAUAUUUUCUCAUGGAGGUUUAGAGUCUGCCAAGCCUUCAGUUUCUGGCUCAAACGCCAGAGAAGAUCAACUUAUACCCUGGCUAGAGGUUAGCAAAACAACAAGGUGAGACUGGAUAUAUUUAGGUCAUCUUGAGAUGUAGCCUACAAUAUGAAGACGGAUGUUAUUUAUUUACUGGGCAAAUGCUUCUCUCACUUUUUAUUUAUGAAUUCCAAUGGCACACCUUUUUGGUCUCUUUCCCCAGAGACCUCUGCUUGAGUAGAAGAGGAAUCACCAUGUGGAAGGCCUGUUUCUCUACAAAGCUACUUUAACCGUACAUCAGCCUGUCGGCAAAGCACAAACAUUUGGAGACUGAGAGCAUCAUGGAAGAAGAAGUUAUAUACAGUACAUUACAGUAUAUUAGUGAACCAACUCUACAUGAACCCUUCUUGCCCCUUCUCUCCAGUCUUGAGAGAACCCAAUCUCUGUCUCCCAGUCUCUCUCUCUGUCUCUCUCUAUACCCUCUCACUCUCUCCACUCUCUCUCUGUCUCUCU